AUGGUGUCCGUGACCAAACUCCUCGGCACGGCGGCCAGGCCCUUCCGGGGCCUCACGCCCGCGCAGAAACGCCUCCUGCUCUUGCGCAUCGGCUCGUCGCUCGUGGCCGUGUGCAUCGCGGUCGUUCUCUACGCGCUCCGCAGCUACCCGUCCAGUCUAUACGUGGCACGCAUCAACUGCUCGCAGUUGGACGUGGCGGCCGGGCUCUACCAGUCGUUGCGGUCGCUGAUGACCGAGACCAUCAUCAGCAAGGGCUCCGGGUCCAACGUGCUCCCCAUCGACCUGGCGCUCACGGACUCCGAGGUGUCCAUCUUGACGCAGUACGCGCAGACACAGGUGCUGAACGCGCCGCAGGCCAUUGUGUUGGGGGCGCAGGACUGGUGCACCGUCAACUACGCCACGGACUUCGCGGGCCGCCUCAGGGACUACUCCAACAUGUCCACCACGUGCUACGAGUACGGCAGCCUCAACUUCUACGACUACCGCACGCUUCUCCUGCAGAACCAGCUCGAGAUCAUCUUGGCGUACGCGUACGAGAGCGAGGACGUGCAGAGCGCGGCGUACAAGGAACGCAUCCAGGAGCGGUCCGCGCGGUACGACGUCAUGCGGAUCAUGUACGCGGUCCAGCUCGCGCUCCAGGUGGUGUUGCUCGCUGCCGGCGUGUUCAUCUACGGCACGCGCGGUGGCGCGCCGGACUUGGCCCACACCUCGGCCGUCACGCUCAACGCCGUGGCGCUCGUGGCGCUCACCGCCGGCUCCACCAUGAUCGUGUCCACGGCCAUCGUGCUCGCGGACUUGGCGGCCAUGAGGGCCGAGAUCCGGCGCGGGCUCGGCGACUUCGGCAUCCUGAUGUCCGUGGGCCCGGUUUUCCUCGCGCUUGCCGCGGCGGCCUUGGCCGUGGCGUCCUUGGGCAUGCUCGCGUGGAUCGUGCCUCUCUGGUGCGCCAACCCGGCCGAC